UCUUGGGCCGUCAUGGGGCGGUCUUGGGGACCUCUUCGGCCGUCUGGGAGCGGUUUUGGGAGACUCUUGGACGGUCUUGGAGCGUCGGAACCCCGAAAAAGCGAGAAGGCCAAAAACCUCGAAACAAAAACGAAGCAAGAAUGCCGAUUACGGCAGCCCGUGUGCGCCACUGCAGCACGUGCUGCCUGGAGGGCGGCAGGCCCUCUCCAGGAUGGAGCCAAGCAAAAAUGCCAAGUCAACGAUUAAAUGCCGAAGCAAGAAUGCCGAUUACGGCAGCCCGUGUGCGCCACUGCAGCACGUGCUGCCUGGAGGGCGGCAGGCCCUCUCCAGGAUGGAGCCAAGCAAAAAUGCCAAGUCAAGAAAAUCCAUGUUUUUUUGUUGACUUGGACCGCAAACAUUGCCUUCUCACAUUUCUGUCAACCUAUGCGCCUGGUAGCAUUAACACACCGUGAAGCAUGCAAUGUCUGAUCUGAGAGCGAAUGCAUGCCGCUCUGCCCUCACAGCUUUUGCUGCAAAACUACGCGCCUACUCGUUACCGCAAAUUGUGCCACGAGAGGAAGCGAUGAGAGAAUUAGCUGAAUUGUGGGGAACUCUGUGGAGGCAUCUACGACAGUGUUGGUGCCACCUCGAGCAAACCCAAUGUCUCGGCAUUCCCACAAAUUAUGGCAAUGGAGCGAAGCUUCCGCGCGUUGAGCGGAAGUUCAAGCUCAAGCUAAAAGAGAACUAUAAAAUGGAGCGAAGCUUCCGCGCGUUGAGCGGAAGUUCAAGCUCAAGCGCAUACAGCUGGACUUCAAAUAAUUUGGAUCGAAAAUGGAGCGACGCUCACAGCGAAGGCAGAACAUCAAGCUCAAGCUAAUGUGAAGGGGAGCCCCAAGUUGCCGUGGGCCUGCAGAAGGUGGGUCUCCUUUCUGCGGUCCAGGCGGCGCCAGAGCACCGCUCCCCUCGGAUCCUGCCCAAUGCCUGCCCACGAACCCCCAGGCCUGCCUCGUGUUGGCUGCUUGGGGCCUCGUGGGGGUCUCGGGCGCCCUCUUGGGGGGUGUUGGUCAUGUAUGUACGGAGAGAUAUGCUGCUGCUCAAGCACCAGGCAGAUGCUGAGAGUUGCGGCACCGCAACGACGGGGUACCAGGCUCAACUCGUCGGCAUCAGGCAGCCAGCUGGGUGGAUUCGAGCACCCACGCCUGUGGAGAAAUGACCAGGCGGAGUAGCCAACCCUCUCUAACCA